GGAGCGAGGUCUACUCUCUCCAACUAAAAACCUCGAGAUGCCGAUCCACGUGUUGUUCUCGAAGUGCUCCAUGCAUCCCACGCGCAUAAAAUGGCGUGAAUUUAGUACUUUACGAAAGCGUUAGUCUCGUUAUUCCCGCUAAAGACCUGUUCCAGACUGAACGCACACAAAAAGCCAACUCUCUCUCUCCUUUUCCAUUUCACUUCCCAGUCCCCGUUCAUUCUCUCUCUCACAGGAAAAAGCAAAAGAAAGAUUGAAAUCUUAGAAAACCUUGUGAUCAGGAUAUUCAACCAUGGAUGAAGAGUACGAUGUGAUAGUUCUAGGGACAGGCCUUAAGGAAUGCAUUCUCAGUGGUCUUCUCUCCGUUGAUGGUCUCAAAGUUUUGCACAUGGACAGAAAUGACUAUUACGGAGCAGCGUCAACUUCUCUUAAUCUCAUGCAGCUUUGGAAACAUUUCAAGGGAGAUGACAAGCCUCCGGAACUGCUAGGCACAAGCAGGGAAUAUAAUGUUGACAUGAUUCCCAAGUUCAUGAUGGCCAAUGGCGGUUUGGUUCGUGUUCUCAUCCACACAAAUGUUACUAAGUAUCUUAACUUCAAGGCUGUGGAUGGUAGUUUUGUGUACAACAAGGGAAAAAUCUACAAAGUUCCAGCAACUGAUGUUGAGGCACUGAAAUCACCAUUAAUGGGGCUUUUUGAGAAGCGCCGUGCCAGAAAGUUCUUCAUUUAUGUCCAAGACUAUGAAGAUAAUGAUCCAAAAUCUCAUGAAGAACUUGACCUGAAUAAAGUAACAGCGAGAGAACUUAUCUCAAAGUAUGGGCUGGAAGAUGAUACAGUUGACUUUAUCGGUCAUGCCUUGGCACUCCACAGUGAUGAUAGUUACUUGGAUCUGCCAGCUUUGAAUUUUGUUAAGAGAGUGAAGCUCUAUGCAGAGUCUUUGGCACGGUUUCAAGGAGGAUCUCCUUAUAUCUAUCCACUAUAUGGAUUGGGAGAAUUGCCUCAGGCAUUUGCACGUUUAAGUGCUGUUUAUGGUGGUACGUACAUGCUCAACAAGCCAGAAUGUAAGGUAGAAUUUGAUAGUGAUGGGAAAGCUAUUGGUGUGACUUCUGAAGGAGAAACUGCUAAGUGUAAGAAAGUUGUUUGUGAUCCAUCUUAUUUGCCUGAUAAGGUUCAGAAGGUUGGAAAAGUUGCUCGUGCCAUAUGCAUAAUGAGCCACCCUAUUCCUCGUACCGAUGAUUCUCACUCAGCCCAGGUUAUUCUGCCACAGAAGCAACUUGGUCGUAAAUCCGACAUGUACCUGUUUUGUUGCUCAUAUGCUCAUAAUGUAGCCCCCAAGGGAAAAUACAUUGCUUUUGUUUCAACAGAAGCAGAGACUGACAACCCUGAGCUAGAGUUGAAGCCCGGCAUUGACUUACUGGGAUUUGUAGAUGAGAUAUUCUAUGACACUUAUGACAGAUAUGUUCCCACUAACAACCAUGAAGCCGACAACUGCUUCAUAUCUGCUAGUUAUGAUCCAACUACUCACUUUGAAACCACCGUGAAUGAUGUGAUCGAGAUGUAUAGUAAGAUUACUGGAAAGGCUCUUGAUUUGUCCGUGGACCUGAGUGCUGCUAGUGCGGCUGAAGAAUGA